CGACAAUGUUAAAAAAUCACUUACAAGGGAGCGUGGUAAACACAAGUGGUUUUUUUGGAUUUCGCUAUCGGCCCCAGAUAGCAUAGUUAACAUUCCAUCGCCGACAGAAGGGUAUUUCAAUAUUUGUUGUCCUGCUUUGGCAGUGGUUAGGACAGUACUGCCUUAUAUGUCGAUGUGUGGUCGAGGGCGGUUCAACUCUCUCCUCUCUACCCACAACAUCCUCUGCGAUUGCUGAUACACGAUGCUUGAUCGAUUUAAGUUUUCUAACAGAGGACACUCUCCUGCGCCUCCCGGUGGCUCUUCGCGACCCUCGACCUCUGUUCCUAGCCUUCAGAUCACUACUUCUCCCACUGAAAGCGUUGCAACAACUAGCACAGAUCGCGGUGGAUCUGAUAGAUCCGGUCUUAAGCCUCUUACUACUACUGGCGGUAGUUCUCGAGGCCGGAAGCAGCGGUGGUCUGUUCGGCACACUAUAGCUAAGCUGUUGAGCAGAAGUCUCAGUCCCGAUCCCACUCAUAUCGACCAAUCGAAACCCUCCGAUCACAGACAAUCUUCUCCCUCUACGCCCGACCCACCACCCCCUAAUUUAUCGCCAUCUCCCGUUCUCCCUGAGGGGGCCAUCGAUAUCCCUCACAUGAUGCCCCACGAGCCCAUCAUCCAUAGCAACACUGAGACACCCCACUCACCACCAGGACGCACAGGCGUGAACUUAGAUGCCCCAUCGUCAACAGAUCGGACACCGUCAUCUUCAGCUGUCCCUGCUGGUGACGGAAAGAAAACAAUCAUCGCCGCCACAAAGCUCGUCCUUCAAACUGCCGCCUCUGCCCUUAGGUUCGCCCCUAUUCCAAACGUCGAUCAGAUACCAAAUAUACUUCUGAAAUGGCUCCAAGUUUACGAGACCAUCGACGACAACGACGAAAAUCUCAAGGGAUUAGACGAUGAAGUUCGAAAGGCUCACGAAACGAUUUUCAGGCCAGUCCAGUUGUGGACUGGCCAAGUUCCUCUCGAAAUAAGUGAACUGAUUGAACGAUUUAACUCAGCUCUAAAACAACAAUUAAAGGAAAUAGAGGCACUCAAACGUCAAAAGCUUGCCAAGAGGGUAAUUUUAGCGACUGAGAUAACGCAAGAAAUAAGCGCCGUACAGUCGUGCAUCCGUGAUGCUAUCUCCCACUUUUCGGUUCGUCUCGUCUGUUGUAAGACAGCAACGGUUGGUUCGACGUUUAGCGCAAGGAUACCCGACCUACAUUAUCUCGGUGAGACGCCCGAUGAUUGAUGUUAGGUUUAUUUCUAGUCGGUCUCUACUGUCUGAUCAUUCCAUGUUUAUUUAGCAUUUAUCUUCCUUUUUCCGACCUGUUGGUCGCCUCACUUUCCUUUAUUUGUAAUAAUCCUCACUCCUGUUACACUCGAUUAAUCGACGCUUAAAAGCUCGAUGUUUUCUUCGCUGACGCCCUCAGUUCUCAUUGCGUUCACAACCGCGAGACUGAGGUCGGUAUAUCUUUUAUCAUAUUCACUCGUUUACUUGUUCUAAAACCUUCACCUAGUAUUAUUCUAUUCUAGGUAGAUAUCCAAUUAUAGUUCUCAUUGCGUUC